GCGACAUGGGGAAGAUGGCGGCAGCCGUGGGCUCUGUAGCGACGCUGGCGGCAGAGCCAGGGGAGGACGCCUUUCGGAAGCUUUUCCGCUUCUACCGGCAGAGUCGCCCUGGGACCGCAGACCUGGGAGCGGUCAUUGACUUCUCGGCACCCCGCGGCACGGGGCCUGGUGCCCGCAAGGUGGUUAGAUCUCAGCUGAGUGUGUCUUCUGUCAGCGACCACGAUGCCCAUAGAGCAGGACUUCAGCCAGUCAGCAAGUGGCAAGCUUAUGGACUCCAAGGCUAUCCUGGAUUUAUUUUUAUCCCAAACCCCUUCCUCCCAGGUUACCAGUGGCACUGGGUGAAGCAGUGCCUUAAGUUAUAUUCCCAGAAACCAAAUGUGUGUAACCUGGACAAGCACAUGACCCAGGAAGAGACUCAGGACCUGUGGGAACAGAGCAAAGAGUUUCUGAGGAACAAAGAAGUGAAUAAACGGAGACCACGAAGCUUACUAGAGAAGUUGCGCUGGGUGACUCUAGGCUACCAUUACAACUGGGACAGUAAGAAAUACUCAGCCGAUCAUUAUACACCUUUUCCUUCUGACCUGGCUUUCCUCUCAGAGCAAGUAGCCGCAGCCUGUGGAUUUCAGGGUUUCCAAGCCGAGGCAGGUAUCCUGAAUUACUACAGAUUGGACUCCACACUGGGAAUCCACGUAGAUAGAUCUGAACUAGAUCACUCCAAACCCCUGCUGUCUUUCAGCUUCGGACAGUCUGCCAUCUUUCUCCUGGGUGGCCUCAAAAGAGAUGAGGCGCCCACAGCCAUGUUCAUGCACAGCGGUGACAUCAUGGUAAUGUCAGGUUUCAGCCGCCUGUUGAAUCAUGCAGUCCCAAGGGUCCUUCCAAGUCCUCAGGGGGAGAGCCUGCCAUGCUGCCUAGAGACACCUCUGCCCACUGUCCUCCCCAGAGACUCCGUGGUAGAACCCUGCUCCGAGGAGGACUGGCAGGUAUGCACCAGCUACUUGAAGACUGCUCGUGUGAACAUGACUGUCCGACAGGUACUGGCCACAGACCAGGACUUCCCUGUGGAAUCCAUGGAGGAGAAGAAGACAGACAUCACCACAGAAGGUUUCUGCCACUUAGAUGACGAGAAUUGCCAAGUAAAACGAGUGAAGUUAAACCCUGACAGCUGAGACUUAGGGAGCCCGUUCUUUUCCUCAAGCAGGUCUCACAGUAGAUGACCAUGCUUUCUUGUAUUGCCAUAGACUAUAGCAUCAAGACAAGCCAGAAACAGAGACAGGGAAAAACUCAUCAUGGAUCACAGUGUUGCCUUGGAACCCAUCCUAAAGAGUAAAGCAGCUAGCCACUUCGCUCAGAGAUGUGUUGGACAUGGGCCGGUCUGGUUAGAUGUUGGUUCUGUUGUAUGUGAGAAGUCCAAGAAGCAGCCAGAACAGCCUUCCCAGCCUCUGCCGUUACCUCUGAGAGAGGCAGAAGUGAGUCGCCAUGUUAUUGGAGCCUUAAAUACCUCAAAUUUUUUUAAUGGGAAACCUGACACCCUUCCUGCUACCCCUUCUAAUGAUUUGUGGUAAAAUCAUGGUCCCGGGAACCAGUCAGUAGUCUCACCCUCAUUCUUCCAGCCAUCCAGUGACCUUUGCUUCCGUCUUCUCUGGCCUCCACAGAAAAAUCCUAUACACAUGAAGACAAUGGAACUAGAAACCUCAUCUCCUAGCAAAGAAAUUAAUCACAGCUCUCUCUUACCUAAAAGAUAAAAUAUAUAUAAAGCCACAGGAAGAGGAGCGGUAGUUUCUCCAGAUUUCCUUUAGGUCUAAACUCUUCCUGUUGGCUUUUUAAUGCAGUUUUAAUUGUUGGUCUAAAAAAGCCCCAAGGGUGUUCUGUAACUGUUUUCUCCAUGAAUAAAACUCUCUCGUUUAAAUUAAAGAUCUGUAUCUGUCUUCGAGGGUUAGCGAAUCUGGGAUUAGUUUUCUUUUUCCUGCUUUUACUUGCUGCGUCGUUCAUGCUGUUGAAGCCCUCUAGCUGUUUCUGCCCUGUACCAUCCCGCUCUGCCCUAAGUAUUCUCUGUGAUUAUCUCACAGGAGAGAAUAUUCUUUGAUAUUCUAGUCACUGCUAUCUUUUGUGAUUGUGGGCAGCUUGGGAAAUGCAUGAAGCACCAAGUUUUAAUAUUUGUACCCCCACCAGCUCAAGUCACCAUACCCUUAGGUGAGCUGCUUUACAUUUCUCUGGGCCUCAGUUUCCUCAUCCAUGACAUGAAGAUAGUAUUGACUCCCAACUUCCAUUUCAGUUGAUAAUGGGAAUUUAGUGCUCCUUUCUAGAAACAUGGUGUCAGUAUCUUAUUACUGCAUGGACCCAGAAACAUCGCCUUUUGUCAGUGUGAACGACUGUCUAGAAGCCACUUGAAUACCUGCUGCUUGCGACAAGACUUGCUGAGUCUGUGUGUCUCUGUCCUCCCUUUUUUCUUCUUAGGAACAUUGUAUAUUGAGUUCAUAUUUUGAUACUUGUUUUUUAAGAAAUAAAAACAAUCAUCCUUUACAUCUAAAUAACCUCAAAACUUAGUGUAUGGUGGAAAAUUGUUAUGUAAUUAAAGUUUUGUUUUUUUUUU